UGUGAUGAAAAACUUAAACACCUAAAAUAAAAAUAACAUAAAAUAAGUCAGUGUUUUGUUAUGAUAAUUAGAUUGCUAAAACGAGGCUGCAGGUACUCGGUGAGCUAAUGGCGGUGUUCCUGGUAAAUAACUGUGCAUUUCCAGGUUGUGGAUUGACAUUUACAUGCCUUGCAGACCUAAUCCAACAUAUCGAGGACAUACACAUAGAUACAGACCCUCGUGCAUUAGAGAAACAGGAACUCCAACAGCCAUCAGCUCUCGCCCUUAGUUACGUCUUGAGGUUUUUCACAGAGGCAGCCAAGAAGGAGAAUGCUGACCCGUUCAGAAAGAGAGUCCGUCCCCAGUCACCAGCCAUGUCCCUCCCCAGCAGCACUCCAACCGGGAGUGAGAUAGAUGAGGAGGAGGUGAGGAGUGAUGACGAGGAGGACAGCAACGACUCAUGGACCACACAGGAGGAGUUCUCCUCAGACACAAUACUCAGUAUGAUGGGCAGUAAAGACCAGGAGGGAGACAAGCCGUUCGCCUGCCCCGUGCCAGGCUGUAAGAAGCGCUACAAGAACAUCAAUGGGAUCAAGUAUCACGCAAGACACGGACACAAGAGGGAGGCUAAGAUAGUUGUGAAAAAGUCUUACAAAUGUUUUUGCGGGAAGAGUUACAAGACAGUCCAAGGCCUUCGUAACCAUAGUACUCAGCAGCACCAGACAGUUGACAUGGGAACCACACAGACAGCUACCAUUGCCCAAUCUCUGAGCCUCAAGACGCAAUACACACCCACAAGUGUUCUCAAAACAAUCGCCAACAACACCACCAUUGACGCCCUCCUUCUGUCCACAUCCUCACAGUCAGCAGUCAAACUUCCACAAAAUGUCCUCCAAUCUGCAGUGUCUACAGCUCAGACAGUUCGCAGUCCCUUGACAUCUGUCGCCAUGACGAUUGUACAAGCAGCCAAUGAAAAUACUCCAACAUUGUCUUCAGUGACCCCUAUGCAACUUGUCAGCCAGUCAUCCCCAGCAUUAUCUGUUGCCAUAGCAACCCCAUCAGCUACUGCUAAAGUUGAAUAACCAAAGAGUAGAAGACUUUGACACAUUCAUGUCUCACAUGUUGGCCAAAAUAUUCUCAUCACUGUGUUAAUUAGUAAGCUAAAAUACCGGUAGAUCCUUGUCUCUUUGCCAGACCAUUUUUGCUGGUAUGGUGUUUUUUUAUCAGUUAUCCCUGGCCAAAUACAGCAGGAACUUAUUUCUAAUCAUGCUAAUAGGUCAGGGCUAACGAGCAUUUUCAAAGAAAAAAAUGUUAUUAACCUCAACGGGCUUGAAAUUACAAGUGCGGGCAUGUCCAUGGAAUAUAUACACAGAAAAUAGCAUGCUUGAAAAUUGCCUCAUGGGCAUGGUCAUUUUCAUCAAAAGUACUUACGUUAAUUUUAUUUUUUGUUUUGACUAAAAUGUACUAUGAAAUGAAAAUUUUUCUCUCGUUAGUUGCAUGUUCCAUUACCACUUAACGACUUCCUGUUGUAAAAUGAAUCAGCAUUAUUUGGUGAUUUCCGUUGACUGUAUCUUACAGACAAGAUGGUCAAGAUUGCACGAAAUACAUUUGAAUGUACUUGCUUCUUUCCAUAAUUUGAAGGAGUAUCACAAAUAUUACGUAGGUCUUGCGUUUCAAAUAGAAGUGGUUAUUCAUGUUGACUGUUGUGAUAGUCAUAGCAGACUAUUGCUAUUUGUUAUAAUAAUUGGGUAGUAUAGACACACCACCUAAAUUGAAAAUGGCAAGCCUGUAAAACAAGUCCCUUGGGCACACCCUUUUUUUCUAAUUUCGAGCCCUGCCUCGGGACACAGAAUGUCUUUGAAAGUGGUGUUGACAUCUUCUGGCUGUUUGUUUAUAUUCCAUACAAACUUGAAAUUAAGCAGCAUAUUUGGUUCUUUGAAGAAGUUUGUGAAUAUUUCUUGAUAAAGCAAGGACAAAUUUAACCUGGAUAAAAAACUGUGUCUGGAAUAUGUUUUCACCAUGCUGUGUCUCAUGUAUUUGAUUAUUGAAGACUUUAUGCGGGCUCGAUGGGUUAGAGUAAGCCUGCUACAGACAUGUUCGAUCUAAUGGUUAUAUAUUGUUAUCAGGGUUAGAGUGUGUUGUGGUCCUUACUUACCAAUAAUGUCCUGCAUCUCUUGAUAUAACGGGGCCACGGGUGGCCCAGUCGUCUAAGGCGCCGCGAUUCGCUGUGCAGAGUUGCGUUCCUUAGGCACGCCAGAAACCUAUAAUUGUGGGUUCGAAUCCCGGUUCGCCCCGAUUAUGUUUCUAGGUUUGUCAGCACCAUACCCAAGCCCGACCCCCUCACUCAGCCGAGGCUGUCAGCCAGGCAGAUGGAGAAGCAGACUGUGUAUGGAACAAUAUAUGGAAGCUUGUAUUUGCAGACUGAGAAAGAAAUGCUGAGUUGUUUGGUUCAGUGAAUAUGGAUUUAUUGGAUCAGCAAUGUUUUCUUGUUUUUGGUGCAUUGUAUUUGCUCAUUUGAAGAUUGCAUGACACAUUUGAAUAGAAAAUCAAAAAUACAUUAUCACCUUUGAUUGUCCAGUGCAAGACAUCUCCAUUCUAUUAUGAUAAAUACUUUGAAGCUUUGUUUCGGAAGUGGCGUUACCACCGCCAUUCCUCUGAUCUCUAGUUUAGCAGUUUUUCUCUUGCUCAUGAGAGCAAUUUGAUUGAAUGGUUAUUAUUAGCAUUGUUUUCGAUUCUGGUCAAGAUGAAGCAAGAGUAGAGACGAAAAUGGGUCCAGGGUAUUUAUGAAAAUAGAAUUCAGAUAUUAAACACUGGAUAAUUCAUAUUAUCACUGACCAAACUUUAACAAUGUUUAAAAUCCAUAUCAUCAUGUGUCAGUUUAUUUUCCAUAAUGUUUUAAUAUAUUUUGUGUUUGUGAAAAUCAAGAAUCUCAUAGCAUGCUGUGUCCAUGUGUUACUUUGAAAUCCAUCAUUUGUUCGUUACGAUAUUCACGUUAUUUUUGUUGCUACUUGUGAUAUUGAAAGCUCAAUGUAUAUUUAGACAGCAACAAUUCAGUUGUUAAUGUAUGUCAUUUACAAUUAAUCAAACUGUGUUUGUUACCAUCAGAAAGUGUUGGUUCUGGAGUCAAGAGCAGCCAGGACUACCAAGCAUGAAGUGAAGGUAGCGGUACGAGUGGAUACACCUGAGGUGUAUGUGUGCGUCCCGCCGAUCCCGAUAUCUGUACCCCACCAUGACCUUGACCUUUAUUGUUACUGAUUUAAGAGCAGCAGAAAGUAGAAUCACUCUUUGCCAGUGUGAUGGCUGCUGAAAGACUACAGAUCUCUUCACUGGGAUAUAUUUGGGUCAUCACAUCACCUGUUUACACAUGGUGCUC